AAAUCGAGUUGUACGAGAUAUAUCGAACCGUUGCUGACCACAUGGAGCUAUUUUUUACUACUUCUGCGCACUCCUGUUCCGAUAUCAAUUUAGUAUAGUCGUCAUCAUAGUAUUUUCUAGUUUUAAUUAGUUUUAAAUUUUAUUAUCAUAAUCCAUAAAUUGAGAGCAAUAAUCUAUUUAGAGAGCUAUUAGUUGAAGGUCAAAUUAAAUUACAAUUGCUUUUUAAAACAUUUUUUUGUAUAAUCUUGAAGAUUGAACACGUGAUCAAGAGUGUUGAUUGGGAUAUCAGAUCUAUUGCACCAUCACUGCUAACAGCAAAGAAAUAUAAAAUGGAAACAGAAACGGAAACAACUGGAAAUUUACUUUAUACUUGCAUUGCAUGUAGAGUAGCUUUUAAAGACUCCGAAAUUCAAAGGCAACAUUAUAAAUCAGAUUGGCAUAGAUAUAAUUUGAAAAGAAAGGUAGUUGAAUUACCUCCAGUUACAGUAGAAGAGUUCCAAAAAAAAUUGAUAAUCCAAAGGGAGCAACUUCCUGCACAAAAAUACGGCCGAGCUAGUUUAAAAUGUAAAGUAUGUAAGAAAAGUUUUAGUAGUAGUGCUCAACAUGAUAAUCAUGUAAUGUCUAAAAAACAUAAGGAAAAUUGUUUACGAAAUAACGUCAUCAUUCCACAAUUUUAUGAGUCAGAUACUAAUUCUAUAUCAAGUGGUAGCCACUUAUCAAAAAGUUCCAGAAUUUCCAAGAAAAAUUAUAAAUAUUCUGCUGUUGAUGUUGAGAUCGAGUCUGAAACUAUGUCAAUAGAAUCAGUAGAUUCUGACGAAUGGUUAGAAGAUACUGACAAUUUAGUAAAAAAUAACAUUUGUCUAUUUUGCAAUCAUCAAAGUAGAUCAAUGGAAAAGAAUUUAAAGCACAUGACAGAUGCUCAUUCAUUUUUCAUACCUGAUCCAGAAUAUUGUACAAAUGUUAAAGGUUUAUUAGAAUACUUAGGAGAGAAGAUAUUUGCAGGUUAUGUUUGUCUUUGGUGCAAUGACAAAGGCAAAGCCUUUCAGAGUGUUGAAGCUACUAGAAAUCACAUGAUUGAUAAAGGCCAUUGUAAAAUGCUCCAUGAAGGGGAAGCCUUAUUAGAAUAUGCUGAUUUUUAUGAUUACUCCUCAAGUUAUCCAGACGCUGAAGAGCACGAUGCCGAUGAAGAGAUAGAUAUCACUGAAUUAGAUGGGGAUGAUUAUCAGUUAGUCUUACCUUCUGGUAAUGUGAUCGGCCACAGGUCGUUGAUGAGAUAUUAUAAACAGCACUUAAAUCCUACUAGAGCAGUUGCCAUUUCUAAAAAUGACAAGAUACGUCAAAUUCUUUGCCAGUAUCGAGCUCUUUUACCUCCUGAGAUUCAAAAGGAGACGGUCUUAAAGAAAAUCAAGGAUAUCAGAUACAUGCAAAGAAUACAAGCUAAAUAUUCUGUUCAAUUACAAAUCAAAGCUAACAAACUGCAACACCAUUUCCGUCGACAAGUUAACUUUUAAACUUAUAUUAUGUAUUUUUGUUUAUUUACAUACAGUAAUAAAUCAGAACUAUUUAAUAAA